AUGAACAUUGAUUCAUCAAGGCUAUUGACGCUCUUCGUGUGUUUAGGGUUGGCAAUAUGCGUUGAGUCUCUAUCUGCGACGUGUCAACAGCUAUCCGCAUCGACGAAGAUCCAACAAUACCAGGGGAUUGAGAUAGAGUACACCCAGGAACAACAAAACUAUUGGUCGACUGCUUGCAGCAACCUGAAGCCAGACUGUAUCCUGGUUCCAACGAGUGCUACAGAGGUUUCAGCUAUUGUCAAGGCCCUGCUUAAUAACAAAGAACAGUUUGCUGUUAAGUCGGGAGGACAUAACCCGAACAAUUACUUUGCAAGCGUGCAAGGUGGCCCUUUGAUCUCUACAAAAGGGCUAAAGGAAGUCGUGUACUACAAGGAGAAUAACACGGUCAGCGUCGGUCCCGGAAACAAAUGGGAAGAGGUUCACGAAGCUCUCGAGGGAACUGGAGUGACUGUCGUUGGGGGCCGCAUCGGGAAUGUCGGCGUGGGUGGCUAUCUUCUAGGAGGGGGGCUCAGUUUUCUCAGCACUCAAUACGGCUGGGCAUCGAACAACAUAGUGUCAGCGGAGAUGGUACUUGCGAAUGGAUCGAUAGUCACCGCUUCCAAUACUUCCAAUCCGGACCUUCUUGCUGCCAUAAAAGGAGGUGGCAAUGCGUACGGAAUCGUAACAAGGUAUAACUUGCAAGCGCAUGCAAUAGGACAGAUAUGGGGCGGAAACUUGGUAUUUGGCGGCGACAAAACAGAUGAGAUACUCGCGGCGAUUCGAAACUUUACUGAGAAUUAUCAUGAUCCAAAGGCAGCCAUCAUCGCAACUUCAGAGUUGACUGUAUUGAACAGCGUCAACAUCUGGAUCUUCUUUCUGUUCUACGACGGACCACAGCCUCCAUCUGGAGUAUUUGACGAAUUCUUGGAUAUCCAAUCGUCGCUCAACACUUGUAAGACGAGGUCCUACACCGACUUGCUCAAAGCGAACAACGUCUUCGUCUUGAAAGGUAGUGUUUACACUAUCGCUACGGAGACGACACCUCUUCCGCCAGCUGCAGCAGGCGCAAAGGUGAUGCGAUCUUACUAUGACCAUUGGUACAACACGUCAGCUGUAAAGUCAGGAGUAGCUGGGAUCAUUGCCUCGAUGGCUUUUCAGCCCAUACCGAAGUCACUAGCCCGGAUCAGCCGAGAGAGAGGUGGCGAUCUGCUGGAUCUUGAUGAUGGGUUCGACAGAAUCAUCUUCGAGUUUGAUUACUCCUACUUGUUUCAACUGGAUGACGCUGCAGUUGAUGAUACCAUGGUCAAACUGUAUACUGGUAUGAAGUCUCGUGUUGAUGGAUUUGUCCAAGACGGCACUCUUCCAGACGCCUACAGGCCCCUGUUCAUGAACGAUGGAUACUUUCGACAAGACUACUGGGGAAGAUUGAAGCCAGAGAAGAGAGAGUUGGCGGAAAGAGUGCGGGCUUCGGUUGAUCCAGAGGACCUGUUCCAUAACAGGACCGGAGGAUUCAAACUCUAA